UAGCAGGAGCGCGGCAGUGCGUCGUGGGAAGAAUGAACGCUCCUCUCGCCCGCUUUCUGCUCGUCCUCCGUGGGCUGUGCGUGGCGGCAGCGGCCGCAUCCGAGCGCGUCCUCGCCGAGGAUCCACUUGUGGAGGAAGGUGCCAGUUCGGGACGCAGGACUGGCAGACUCUACUGCAGGGUUGGCAUUGGCUUCCAUCUGCAGAUUCACCCGGACGGCAGAGUGAACGGCACUCAUGCGCCAAACCACUUGAGUGUGCUGGAACUUUUUGCUGUCUCUCAGGGGGUUAUUGGUAUCCGAGGAGUUUUCAGUGAGAGGUUUCUAGCAAUGAAUAAAAGGGGAAGACUACAUGCCACUGAAAAAUUCACAGAGGACUGCAAGUUCAGGGAGCGUUUUCAGGAAAACAGCUACAACACAUACGCCUCAGUCAUGCACAGGAACCGCCGGACGGGGCGCGAAUGGUUUGUGGCUCUGAAUAAACGGGGCAAGGCAAAGAUGGGCUCCAGCCCUCGCGUGAAGUCUCAGCACGUUUCCACGCACUUCCUCCCCAGGUUCAACCUGCAGGACAAAGCGGAGCGAGGGUUCACCAUUGCAGACAGGAACAGGGAGCAGGAAAUCGCUGCACCACCUCAACCGAAGCCGCCCUCGCCGUCAAUAGUUAAAGUGAACACUGGGCGGAAGCGCUCCGAAACCGUGAAAUACUGGCCCAAAUUCAGAUUUGGGUAGAAGAGUGGCUGAGCCCUGAGGCUCCCUGUGAACAGCUUACUUACACAAGCACUGACACACUCAA